AUAGAGCCCCGCGUCCCCCGCCCGCAACAAGCGGAUCGAUUCCACCAGCACUAAUCGUUCCCCGCCUCCCUCUCCCUCCUAUCCCAUCCUCGCCGUCGCCGGGGUUGCUCUCCUCCCUCCAGCAGCAUCGGCGGUGCGGGAUGCAGCGGACUCGGCCUGCAUCGGCGUUGCCGGUGUCCCUCUCCGCUGUCGAGCAGCGGCGGCAGUGCGGGACACAGCGGCUCGGCCGCAGUGAUGGAUUUCUCCGACGUGGCCGGCGGGCGCUCGCCUCGCUGCCCACGUCGUCCUCCUACUCCUCCUCAGUGGCACUCGUCAGUUCGGUGUGGAGCCAGCGGGCGCCGAGGGCAUGCGGACGGAGGUGGCGCAGAUCCGGGCGGUAACAACGACGGGCGCCCCACAUCCCCUUCACGUGCCGCUGCCCAAUCCUCCUCUGCCUCCAUGGCCUGCAGCAAGGGAUCCCAAUCAUAUCCGUGGGUCAUCGCAUGGUCCACCGUCGUUGUUCCCUUGCUGCCGCAGUGUACCGGCAGCGAAGCUGAAGGCCCCGGUGCGGGAGGAAGCAGGUGGGUGCUCGGCGACAUCGGCAACAUCGUCCCUGCCCACGUCCUCGAGGGCAAUAUCCAGCUACCGACGGGGAUCACUCCAAUCACCAGGAGCUUCAGCGCUGAGCUCUGAAGAAGGCCUAGGCCGAUCCAUCCAAGGUGCGGACGCUCUGCGGAGCGAGGGGAACCAACAGGGGUGGUGUCCUGUGUGCAUCUCCUACAGCGUCCUGAAUCCCUGCAGUACACCAGCUUUGCGCUCUACCUAUAAGCUACAUGUGCUUUCAAAUUCGAUCUCCUGUGUGGCUUAAGACUUUGAAAUAAAUUUUUAUUAGAUAAAUCUCCAGCAGUUUUAGUUAUGCUAUCUAUACAAUUAGUAAUUAUUUAGGUGAUAAUUCUGAACAAUGUUAGUGCUAGAGACUUAUACAUUAUUUUCAACUAGCAGUUUCAGUUCUCCCUUCGCCAAUUGAUACAAAUAAUCUAUGAAUUAUCAACUAUUAGGCUAACUAUGCACAUAUUAGAUUCUUUGUUUCAGCUGUCUCCUGCUGCACUGAUAUAUAUUUACGUUUCAGAUUAUGUAGUCUUCUGCAGGUUAUCAGAUAAACUCUUCCAGAGAUUGAGAUCUAAUCACAACUGCUUUGAGUCCUUUACCUUUUAUUUUGCAAAAUGCAAUCAGAAGUAGUUGUCAUCUCUAAUGUUAAUGAAUAGAUUCUCAGAAAAGGAAAUUAAUUGGAAUGAUCUACUCAGCAUGUCCCAUGACUUCAAAAGGAAGAAUUUGACUAAAUUGAGAUGUUGAUCUGCAGUGUAAAGAUAGACAAAAUCAAAGACUGGCCUAUUGAAAUUUUACUAAUUGGAAUGAUUUUUUUUCUAAUUUAUGUGCAUAUUAUGCAUACAAUGAUGAGCUGUUCUGUUAGGAUAAUUUGAAUUAGGGAGCCUUACUAAAUAAUGUAUAAAAAUGGUACUGAAGGAGGCUAUGCAACUAGCAAGGUACUCUGUUUAUAAUCUGACUGAUAUUUCUUAAAAGAUGUCUGGCUGUUGUGUUCUCUCAGACAAUAUAAAGCAUGGUUCUAUAUGCUCUGCUAAAUUUGCAACUUUCAAUGCUUUGUGGGGCCUUUCCCAUCAACUAUAAGGAUUUUACCUAAAGGUUCUUCUCUGAUUUUUGUGUGUGUGUGACUCUAGCUAUUUUACUUACUGGACGUCUAUAUCAUGCAUGUUUAGGGCCUUGUCUCUAUAUUUUUCAUGUGAAUCGCAGAGUAAUAUGUGAAUAACAUUUGCACUGGUGUAAGCUUGCACGUUUGCUACAGCAGGGUAGAGUUAGUGUAGCAUCAUUAGUUUCUUUUUUGAUAUACUAACAAGUUACCCCGUGCGAAUUCUCAACUGUUUGGAGCCCUGUUGGCGCGCAAGAUUACGAGGAGCGCCCUGUGCAAUUCCUCGACUAUUUGACACAGCGAGCGUCAAACGGGAGGGCUCCCAGGGGAGAGACACGGCGGCCAGGGGCAUCUCCUUUGUUUAUCCGCCGCUUCCCUUCAUCACCGGUGAAUAGCAAUCACGGCACCGCAUCAUUCACUUGCCUACCAUAGAUUGACCGCCGAUGCGGGCGCUCCGCUCCACUAUUCCAUCUCAUGCUGUAUAUUUCCUCUCUUUAUAUCCAGAUAAAGUAUAGCAUGUAAAUAUGUCUAAAUUCAGAAAUAACGGUUUCCCUUCUAUCUUCACUUAUACUGUUUUGGUUAGUAAAAAUGUAACUAAAUUCAGCGGAUGGUGUUAUUUGAAGCCA